GAUAAAAAAAAAUAGUUAAUUAAACAAAGGUAUCAUAUAAUUAAGAAAAUAACGAUUGUAUAAAUUUCGAGUUGCAUCAUUUUUUGAUCAUAUAGUCAAAAUUGACAAAAUACUAAAAUGAAGUGACCAACCAAUAUUAGCAACACACAUUAAAUCGUUGUCACAUGAAAAAGUUUGAUGUAACUAAUAUAGUCGAGAGUGGAAUGAGGAUAGAUUUUUUUUAAUUUUUAUGGCCUAAACGAACUCAAACGAGUGUAUGGGAUGCUUUUGAAACUUGUUUAUGGCAGUGGCAUAGGCCGGCGCCAAUUUCAGUCUCAUAUCAUAAUCGCAGAUAUAUGAACUUUCCCAGCCAGCCAAGGGGAUAAGAUUAGCAGAGCAGCCACGAAUCACUCACUCAUUUUGCCUUGCUCUCUCCUUCCGCUGGCUGCUUGCCUUUCUGCUCACUCCAUCUUCUCCUCCCUUCAGCUCAGCCAGCCGGAAGGAAGCUCCGGAGAACAACCAAACGAACCCUAAUCGCCGAAAAUGGCUAUUGCCCUCCAAGCUUCUCUUCUCUGCAGACCUUCCUUCUCCCUCAAACACCCUUUUCAUCAUUCCCCACCUCGCCAUUCUCCAUCUACUUCUGCUUCUGUCCCCAAUUUCUCCACUUUCCUUAUCCGAUUCCCCGUACGCACUUACCGCACUUCCUGCACAUUGAAUCCCGAUAACCCAAAUUUCUUCGCCUCUUCUUCCUCUUCUUCUUCCUCGUCUUCUUCUUUCCCGUCUUUCCCUCCCCCUUCGGAUUCGGUAUUGGACCCGGCUUCGUCCGCUUCCGGGUUAUCCAGGCCCGACGACGGGAUUCACCUCGACCCGUCUACUCUCCAAUUGGCCUCCGACCCGCAGAGCGCCGGCGACGCGGAGUUCAAGGCCGAGAAUUUAUCCUCUGGCGAUGACGAGGCGGCGGAGGAUUGGGAAGGAGAGAAGGCGAAGGGCGGGAAAAGCAAGUUGCCCCUGGUGGUUUUCCUGAUGGGUAUAUGGGCUGCUUUCCGGAGACGGGUUGAUUACCUCUUGGCUUCUGAUUGGCUUAGCUGGUUCCCGUUUUGGCGGCAGGAGAAGCGGCUGGAGCGUCUCAUUGACGAAGCGGAUGCUAGUCCCCAAGACCCUGUCAAGCAAACUGCGCUCUUGGUCGAGCUCAACAAGCACAGUCCUGAGUCUGUGAUCAAGAGGUUUGAACAAAGAGAACAUGCUGUGGACAGUAGGGGAGUGGCAGAGUAUCUCAGGGCACUUGUGGUUACUAAUGCUAUUGCUGAUUUCCUUCCUGAUGAGCAGUCAGGGAAGCCUUCUAGUCUUCCUGCAUUGCUUCAAGAACUAAAGCAGCGGGUGGCUGGGAAUACCGAUGAGCCUUUUGUUAACCCUGGCUUGUCUGAGAAGCAGCCAUUGCAUGUGGUGAUGGUUGAUCGCAAAGUGUCUCAAAAGUCGCGGUUUGCCCAAGAGCUUAUCUCCACUAUUUUGUUCACUGUGGCGGUUGGACUCAUCUGGUUAAUGGGUGCAGCAGCUCUCCAGAAAUAUAUAGGGAGCCUGGGAGGAAUAGGGGCUUCAGGAGUUGGCUCAAGUUCCUCGUAUUCUCCAAAGGACCAUAACAAAGAAGUUAUGCCUGAGAAAAAUGUUAAAACAUUCAAGGAUGUUAAAGGCUGUGAUGAUGCCAAACAAGAGCUUGAGGAAGUGGUUGAAUACCUCAAGAACCCUUCCAAGUUUACUCGGCUGGGUGGAAAGUUGCCAAAGGGAAUUCUUUUGACUGGAGCACCAGGCACUGGAAAAACUUUGCUUGCAAAGGCUAUUGCUGGAGAAGCUGGAGUACCUUUCUUUUAUAGAGCAGGAUCAGAGUUUGAGGAAAUGUUUGUUGGUGUUGGUGCCAGGCGUGUGAGAUCCCUGUUCCAAGCAGCUAAGAAGAAGGCUCCUUGUAUCAUCUUUAUUGAUGAAAUUGAUGCUGUUGGUUCAACAAGAAAACAAUGGGAAGGCCAUACAAAGAAGACUUUACAUCAGUUACUUGUUGAAAUGGAUGGUUUUGAACAAAAUGAGGGAAUAAUAUUAAUGGCUGCAACAAACUUGCCUGAUAUUCUUGAUCCAGCUUUGACCAGACCUGGUAGAUUUGAUAGACAUAUUGUGGUUCCCAAUCCAGAUGUACGAGGACGUCAAGAGAUAUUGGAGCUGUAUCUGAAAGACAAACCUAUUUCUGAUGAUGUGGAUGUUAAAGCGAUUGCUCGGGGGACACCUGGUUUCAAUGGAGCUGAUCUGGCGAACUUGGUGAAUAUUGCUGCCAUUAAAGCAGCAGUGGAAGGGGCAGAGAAAUUGAAUGGUGUACAGCUGGAGUUUGCUAAAGACAGGAUCAUCAUGGGAACCGAGCGCAAGACGAUGUUCGUAUCAGAAGACUCGAAGAAGUUGACUGCAUAUCACGAGAGUGGACAUGCCAUCGUAGCUUUCAACACCGAAGGUGCACAUCCGAUUCACAAGGCAACCAUAAUGCCACGUGGCUCUGCUCUAGGAAUGGUCACCCAACUUCCUUCAAACGACGAGACUUCAAUAAGCAAGAAGCAGUUACUAGCUCGGUUAGAUGUUUGCAUGGGAGGAAGAGUCGCCGAAGAGCUUAUCUUCGGACAGGAUCAUGUCACGACAGGAGCAAGUAGUGAUCUGAGCACAGCUACAGAGCUCGCACAGUAUAUGGUAUCAAGCUGUGGAAUGAGUGACGUAAUUGGACCAGUCCAUCUCAAGGAACGACCCAGUUCAGAAAUGCAAUCAAGGAUUGAUGCUGAAGUUGUGAAACUUCUGAGAGAAGCAUACGAUCGUGUGAAGGCCCUGCUGAAGAAGCAUGAGAAGGCGUUGCAUGCACUGGCAAAUGCUCUUCUAGAGUACGAGACGCUGACAUCGGAGGAAAUAAAGAGGAUCCUGUUGCCAUACAGGGAAGGGAAGCUGCCGGAGCCGCGAGAGGUAGAACAACAAGAACAAGGUGAUCUUGUGCUGGCUUGACCAUUUGUCUAGAAGGAAGAUGAUCCCGGGUAUUAUUCAGUGGAUGACCAGUAAUGGAAAAAGGGGAGGAGCUCUCUGUACAGAAUACAGGCGCUUAUUUGUAUACUUCGAUUUUUUUCGGGCCUUAGAUGUUCCUCCCCAUGAUGCUCUUCCGGAGACGCUUAACGGGAAGCUUCUUCAUACGCAGGCAGGCAGGCAGCCUUAGCCACCCUGCCGCCGGUGGCCCGGGAAGCAUGUAGCAUUAGUGUGUCAGAAAUGUUGUAAAUUCAACAAAGGAGUCUCGACUCAGCUACUCCUCUUUCCUCCUUCAGGGCCAAAUUUUGAGCAACAUUUUAUUUCGACAGCUAUAGCUGUUUUGUUUCAUGUUAUAACAUUCAACUUUCUAUAGCUGAAAUCGCUUUAGUCCCUGUCCUUUUGAUCGAUUCGAUUGAUCUCUAUCACAACUUCAGAAACAUUAGCAUUCAUAACUAGUCGUAUUGAUUCAAUUUUCAGCAUGAUUUCACACUCGCAACAUGAAAUAACAGCUAUAGCUGAAA